AUGCCCAUAUGGCAAGCGAUGAAGGCGACCUCAGCGGCCCCACGAUACGUGCAAUCCGAGCCAGGCGUACCGCAACGCUUCGUGAUUGAGAAGGGUCUCGUCGACCAUGGGACUACAAAGAACAAUCCAGUCCGCGACAUCCUGUAUGAAUGCAGGAAGCUGUUCCGAUAUGCGAACGACAUGAUGAUCAUUGUCUCAGUCGGUACGGGCGUCGGCCUGAAUCGCAAAAACGAGAUUCCCGAGAUGGCGAAUAGCGUCGAGGAUAGGAAGGCUGAAGCUAGAUCGUGGGGUGAUAGAUUCGAAGCCGAACACGCUGCGUUGAUGGAGCGCAAUUGGAUGAAGUACUUUCGGUUUGAUGUGACGGGGUUGGAGGAUGUGCCACUCGAGGAGUGGAGUCAUGAGGAUCUGAUCAAGGAGAAGACUUCGGCAUACCUCGCUCAGCCAGAGGUUGGACAGAGGUUCUAUGCGUGUGUUGAUGCGAUAACGGCGCUGUUACUGAGCCCGCAGGGGAGGUAG